UGUUUUAUUUGCGUUUUAUGAGCUAACCGGAGGCAAACGGGCGAUGACGUCACCGGCGUGCGUCCAGCAGGGGGCGCGUGGCGCCGCGAGUCCCGCAUUGUUUGGAUCAGCUGUGCGUGGAUGUGAAACCCCACCCAAUGAGGAAGAACGAUCCGACCGCGAGCAGCAGCAGCAGCAGCAGCACACCCGGACCCGGACCGAACCGCACCAUGAUCGCGCUCUUCAACAAGCUGCUGGACUGGUUCAAGGCGCUCUUCUGGAAGGAGGAGAUGGAGCUGACGCUCGUCGGCCUGCAGUACUCGGGAAAAACCACCUUCGUCAACGUGAUUGCGUCGGGUCAGUUCAGCGAGGACAUGAUCCCUACGGUCGGCUUCAACAUGCGCAAGAUCACCAAGGGAAACGUCACCAUCAAGUUGUGGGACAUCGGCGGGCAGCCGCGCUUCAGGAGCAUGUGGGAGCGAUACUGUCGCGGCGUCAGCGCUAUAGUGUACAUGGUUGAUGCGGCCGAUCCGGAGAAGAUCGAGGCGUCGAAGAACGAACUGCACAACCUGUUAGACAAACCGCAGCUGCAGGGAAUCCCAGUUCUGGUUUUGGGCAAUAAGCGAGAUCUUCCUGGAGCUCUGGAUGAGAAGGAGCUCAUCGAGAGAAUGAACCUGUCGGCCAUCCAGGACAGAGAGAUCUGCUGUUACUCCAUCUCCUGUAAGGAGAAGGACAACAUCGACAUCACACUACAGUGGCUGAUCCAGCACUCGCGGACCCGGCGGAGCUGAGGAGGCGGAGCCGGCAUCUGAUUCGAGGAACCGCAUCAUGUGAUCAACUGCAUUUUAGGCGCUCUUGAUUUCGUUCUAAACAAACAAGCAUCCGCCCCUCCCUCUGUUCUUAUAAACUAAUCCACAUAAUUUACAUCGUUUGAACGUUGAUUUUUACUUUUACUUGAAUGUGCUUUUUUUUACGGUUCGUCAUGAAGUCACAUGACGUGCUUCGCUCGCGCGUGUCGUUCUGCGUGUUUGCUCGGAGACGGGAUCGAACCUCGACUCGACGCCCACUGCAUUUGUCGGAACCAGCGCUCUAUGAUCACGUGAUUUUGGGCGUUUGCGCCGGCAUCUUAUUUUAGCGUUUCAACGUUGUGAGAACAUUCCACAUGCUCUCUGAUCGUUCAUUCGUUGAUGUACACUAUUGUUUUGCAUUUAGCAAGAUAUUACAUGUUAGUAUUAUUAGCUUGUUAGCUUGACCCGGUGCUGGCGUCAUCAUCCCGUGGGCAUCAAGGUCACAUGGUUUGCGUUAAUAUUGUAGCAUUACGAAAUCUUUUUAUCUGAAAGCACAUGAAUCAUUUUGAAGAGUUUAACAUGUCCAAAUGAAGGUUUUAUAUGUUUCUUUUGAGUUGCCGAGACUACAGCGUUGUAUUGUUGAUGUGGGUGGGUUGUCAUGGCAACCAUUCCAAUUGCGUUGUGUUUUUUUUUUAGGAGCGUCAGUCUGCGAGCGCGUGCAGAGCAACAUCAGUGUUUUAUUUGAUUCUCGACGGGACACAACGACAAAUGUUGAUCUGUCUCUGUUGGACCCGCAGAUCGUUGCGCUAAUGAAAACAGCGGAGAUGUGGCAAAUGUUGCGCGAAUCUCCUGCUGAAGUCCAGUGUUGUUUCUGAACGCUGUUUCUGUCGGGAGAGAUGAAGAUCUUGUGAUUUUUAUCGCUUUGAUUAUUUCGUUUACAGCCUGUUUCGUUUUUGUCACACAUGUGGAUGUUUUUGGCCUAAAUCAUAACGGUUUAUAAACGCGUCGGUAGAUUAUACAUAUGUAAAUUGACAUAUUUCAGUUGUUUUUGGCAUGUUUUUACUCAUGUUUUUUCACAGUGUUUUUCAACUGGAUUAUGUAAAUAGCAACUUAAACCAAAUGAGAUCUCUCCCUCCUGAGCGUUACGAUGUUUGUCUUAGUGUGAUUAGCGUCCUAUGAUAAUAAUAAUAAUAAUAAUAAUAAUAAUAAUAAAGAAGACCCCGCUCAUAUCACAGCAAUCUGAAGAAAUGGAUUGUGUGUGUGUGUGUGCGAAAGAGUGUGUGAGUGAUGGUGUUUGUGUGCACAGAUGCCGUCAUGUAGACUAGAAUAAUAUUUACUUUAUAAAUGCCGAAGGUUUACUCUGUUGAUUUUUCGCAACUGUUAAUCACUUUAUAUUCAUCCUCACUAAUGUUUGAUUGUCAUGAGUUCGUAGUCUACACAAGAGUGAACGACGCAAUGCAACAAAAUGGCAGUAAUCAACACUGCUGCACUGGUUACGAAGUCAUGUUACAGAGUCAACUUUGAUGUUACAAAGUUCAUGUUACAACACCGGUUACAAUGAUAACCAUAGCUACACAAGGUAUUUUUACUACAAUACAACUGUCGUUGAAAAGUGACGCAGACAGCUUUGUUGACAAUAGCAGUUAUUUAUGAAAUCAACUUUUAGUUAUGUAACAAAGUUGUGAACUUGCAACAUAGACAUCAUUAGUAUUAUGAAGCCGAUUGUAACAAAUUUGACGAAGUAAUUUGCGAAGUCAACCUAAGUUACAUUCAUAAUUCACAGCAAAGUGGAUUUCGCACAAUUUAGUCGCGUAAGAUCAAGUUCGUAAAUGCCUUUGUUGAAGUUGACAUUGCUAAAGUCAUUUAUGAAGUCAGUCUAAUGAAGUUGACUUUAAUUGUUGAUUUUAACAACAUUUACAAAGUCAUCCUUAUGACGUUAUGUUCGUAAUUGACUUUGUUAGCAAUUGAAUUUCACAACUUUGUUACAUGACUUUGUUAGGUGCAUGAGUGGCUUUGUCAGUCAACUUCGUAACAGUCACUUACAAAGUCAACCUAAUGAACUCAACUUUGUUGAUUAUACCAAAGUCUUUUUCAAAGUCAACGUAGUAGCGCACAACUUAGUUGCAUAACAUCAAGCACGUGAAUGCUUUAGUUGAAGUUGACUUUGCUGAUUUUAACAUCAUUUACGAAGUCAUUCUAAUGAAGUUAUGUUCGUAAUUGACUUUGUUAGCAAUUGAAUUUCACAACUUUGUUACAUGACUUUGCUAGGUUCAAAAUCAGCUUCGUUACAAUCACUUACGAAGUCAACCUAAUGAAGUCUUUUUCGAAGUCAUCCACGUAACAUCGAGUUCAUAAAUGACUUUGUUGAAAAUGAUUUGCAAAAGUCCAAGUCAUCUUUGUUGAUUAUAACGACAUCAUUUUACAGAGUUAUACUAAUGAAGUCCCUUUCAUAAUUCACUUUGUUGGCAAAGUGGAUUCCAACCGUUACAUGACUUUGUUAGGUUCGUAAAUGACUUCGUCAAAAUCACUUAUGAAGUCAUCUUCAGCUUUUGCUUAUGAAGUGUGCAGUGUGGAACACUUUAUUGAUUAUAACGGUCUGAUUGUCACUUUGUUGUGUUGCGUUACUUGAUUCAACGAUGAUCGCAGAACGUUUGUUUUUCUGCUGCUCUUGUUGGUGCUCAUGUUCAAUCCUCGUGGACAUGAGCUCAUCCGGGCUCUUAUCGUCUUCUGUAUGUGUGUUGAUUUAAUUAUAUUUUAUGUCUAAUUACAUGUGGCCAUAAUGUAUGUUUUGAUAUUUUAAUUGUUUGUAGCAGUGUCGCGCUCUUUUUGUUUGCUGGGGAGUCACGUGAUUUUCCCCCCUGCAUGAAUCAUUAUGGGAUGGAGCUGGUUGCCAUAGUUACUGUAUAAUCAGCGUGUGAUUGGACCGAGCUCGAUGAUGUUCUUUCCCCCCUCUUUAUAUGGAUCAGACAGUAACUUUUUAAAGCAGUCACAUAACCGGUGUUUCUGUACCAGACUCGAUCAGUUCAGUUGUUCAUUUGGGAUCUUUCUAUUCUCUCGUACUCGCGGUGAUAACUGUACAUGUUGUUCUUGUUAUUUACAGAUUAUUUAAAAAUGAAAUUAAAUAAUUUCCCUCUCAGAA